GGUUAAUUAAAAAUAUACAGUCUAGAAAUUAGAUGAUUAUUUUGAGAAGAAAUCAAAUUUGAUGACAAUAUGAAAAGUGCCAAAUUGUUUUGUAGAAGAACUAGAUCAGGUUUGAUAAAAUCUUUGAAUGGUAGGAUUUAAGUUGGAAUUGUGGUGAGUUUCUAUUAAAUCAACAUUUCGACGCAGCGAAUGAAAAUAGUUUAUUCUGAUUUAUUAUAUCUACUAGUCAUUCUGUUUCUAGUGAAAGGGUUAAUUGACUGAUUUAAUAUCAACACUUUUAAAACAUGCACAAUUAUAUAGUAUACUGUAUUAUACCAUGUACAAAUACUUCCCCAAAAUAAUUGUACUGUCAUAUAUGUAUUAUUUUAGGUGUCACAUCAAUCACUGAUUAUGUAAGGAAGUUAUGGUAUUAUUAUUUCUCUUAAAAAAUUACUAAUAAUGUAGUACGUACUUAUGAAUAAUUUCUAAUCUCUAUUUCGGGUCCAAGGGUUUGUUCCAUUCCACGUGUAUAUAUAUAGAAGACAUAUAAAUACAAACACACUUUAACCAAUCAACUAAAUUCAAAUUCCCACUCAAAAAAUUUCAGUUAUAUUCAGUGUUAUAUAUAGCAGUUGCUCAGUCUUCAUGUCAAUCUUCUAGUACACUAGAGUGAGUGUGUCUCUUUAUUAGUCUAAAUAAAAAUUCUCUUUCGUUUUUUUGAAGAAUUCUCAUGCCCUCCCGCUCUCUCCUCCUAAACAUCCAUUUUUACCACCUAAAAUUCCUAAAAGAGAUUUAAUCUCAAAAACUCAUCACAAAGGCCGUUAAUUUCCACACGAUUUGGAUAAGACCUUCCAAAUCCAUUCCAACAAUUUAGGAUCUUAAGAUUUCUCUCUAAUCCAUAUACCCUCGUUGGUUUUAAUUUGUUGCAGAUAAGGUUUUGAACAUGUUUUUCAUUACCUCGGCCUAAUCCUUAAACACUCUACAGAUCGAUUCGCAACAUCCACCAAGUCCACUUAUUUUGGGUCAACAGCAAAAAAAUAUACAUACCUUUAUUUAUAAAUACUUUGCAUGAGUAAUAUAUAUAUAUAUAGUACCCAUUUUCCAAUCUUAGUGAUCAAACCAUAUUAUAUAUAUUGUAUGAAGAAGCAGUGAGAUAAGAAGUAGUAGUAGUAAAUGGAGUUUAGAAGUGAAGAAAUUGAAGGGAAAAGAAUUCAUGACCUUUUUGUUCAUCAAGGCAAGAUGAACAAUAGAAGGCUAUGGGUUCCAGGACCAGUGAUAGUAGGUGCUGGACCUUCUGGAUUAGCUGUGGCUGCUUGCCUUAAAGAGAAAGGUGUCCCAAGCUUAAUACUUGAAAGGUCUAAUUGCAUUGCCUCAUUAUGGCAGCUCAAAACUUACAAUAGGCUUAGGCUUCACCUUCCAAAGAGUUUUUGUGAGCUGCCCUUUUUGCCAUUCCCAAAUGAUUUCCCUACUUACCCCACAAAGCAACAUUUCAUCACUUACUUGGAAUCAUACGCCAAGCAUUUCGACUUGGAGCCGGCGUUUAAUCAGGAAGUCGUGGCGGCCGAAUUCGAUAAGGAAUGCGGGUUUUGGAGGGUUAGGAGUAAAGGGUUGAAAGUGAUGGAGGAAAUUGAGUAUGUGUGUCAAUGGUUGAUUGUUGCCACCGGGGAGAAUGCUGAAGAAGUGGUUCCUGGUUUUGAAGGAAUGGAUGAGUUUUUAGGUCCAAUUAUUCAUACCAGUGCUUAUAGAAGCGGUGAUUGCUUUCAAGGGAAGUCGGUUUUGGUGGUUGGUUGUGGAAACUCUGGCAUGGAGGUUAGUUUGGACCUCUGCAACCAUAAUGCUCACCCAUCCCUUGUGGUCAGGGAUUCCGUGCACGUUUUGCCUCAGGAGAUGAUGGGAAGAUCUACUUUUGGACUGUCGAUGCAGUUACUCAAGUGGUUGCCGGUGCAGGUUGUGGAUCAAAUCUUACUGUUAAUGUCUCGGAUCAUGCUCGGAAACACGGCCCGAUUCGGGCUGACCCGCCCCAAGAUUGGUCCCCUCGAGCUCAAAAACAUCACCGGAAAGACACCCGUGUUGGAUGUUGGGACGCUUGCCCGGAUCAGAUCCGGAAAUAUAAAGGUGGUCCGGGGAAUAAAGAGAUUAAUGCGUAAUGCAGUCGAAUUUGUUGAUGGGAUGGUUGAAAAUUUUGAUGCAAUUAUCUUAGCUACUGGUUAUAAAAGCAACGUACCCACCUGGUUGAAGGAAAAUGAUUUGUUCUCGGCUAAAGAUGGGUUCCCGAGCCGACCUUUUCCGGAUGGAUGGAAAGGCCAAAACGGGUUGUACGCCGUGGGUUUCACGAAGCGGGGCCUACUCGGUACCUCCUUGGACGCCCGGCGGAUCUCCGACGACAUCGAGAAACAGUGGAAAGUCAAGGCGGUUCAGUUCACAGCCACAUCCAGGACUUCUCAUUGAAUUUUCCAGCCAACCAAUCAGUCAAGUUGAACCAUAUGCAUCAUGUCGUCGACCUUUUGUAAAUGACUAGUGUGUGACUGUGUGUAAAUAUUUCUAGACUUAAUUAGGUUAAUUGAUAGCCUAGGGCAGUCACAUUUGGGCAAGUAGAUUGCUAUUUCUUUUAUAGGAUCUAGUGCAUUUUUCGUUUUUCCAAUUUUUUUUUUUUUUUGCUGAUGCAAUUGCAAGUAUUAGACCUUAAUUACUAAACUUGAUGCACCACAUCAAGAUGAUGUUAAAGUUUUGCAAUUAUAUUUUUAUCUAUCGC